AUGGAAAUGCUGAGCAAAUAUAUUCAAAACUCACAUAGUAAACCCCAGUUGCCCUGGUUACCAGUGCCCUGCCUAUUAACUGAUGGGGAAGAGUUCUUCAUUUACUUACAGGAAACAGAAAAUUCUCUUAUACAAAUGACCAAGCAAAAGGUACUCGUACAAACUGAUUUGUGGGGAUAUUUUAUUUACUGGAAUUUUGUAGAACAACAGUCGGUCUGUACACUGGAUUUGAUGCACGUCGAAGAUAUUGAAAUUUGUACACACAACAGUGAACUGCCUCAGACAAAAGAUAACAAAUCACUACGUCUUCAAAUUUCUGCAGAAGGAAUAGUUGUGUCUGGAAAUAGUAAUCUUCUUGAAACGUUAUGUAAACUGGAACAUCCAAGUAUUACAUUGUUAUUGGUUUGUGAAGAUUUUAUUGUAUUAGAAUCAUGGAAAAAUGCUCUACUUCGGUUAGUAUUCACCCACUAUACAGCGCGCAUCACACUGGCACCUCUGGAAUUACUCUGGAAACAAUGGACUCAUUUAAUACUUGUGUGUUCAAAGCUGUCACCUUGUAAAGAUGAACAGACAAGUUGUAACAGUCACACGAUAGUUCCAGACUGUUGUCUUACAGCAGCACUAGGUAUCGAAGGGGAUUCUGUCCACAAACAAACAAGUUUUUCUGUAAAUGAAAAAUGCGACGGCAAGUACUUUUCGGGUGAAAACAUCGAAACUCAACAAAUUAGACUUGAAAAUUUGACAUUUGAUUACUUCUUCAGUUUGUUUGUUCAAUUGUGGCCUAGAGAAGAUAUCGCAGACUUAUUUUCUGCCCAUACAAAAUCCAAAGGAUACAUGAACUGCCAAGAGCUUAACUCAUUUUUACAAACUAGUAUUUCAUAUUUCGCAAAUUCAAGUUUUCCUGUGCAUAAUUCAAGAGGUUUAAGAACAAAUGAAAAACAGAGAACACUGAGGCAUAUUAAAUACCUGCAUAUGGAACGGACGCAACAUAAUAUCACUGAAGCCACCCCAGCAAAAACAAAUUUGAAUCGGAAACCAAAAUCACAAAAACUUCAAAAUGUUUCAUGUCUUAAACGCUCGAGAAGUUGUUAUACGACUGAAAAAAGUAGUGUACAUCGGAGUCGAAAACACACUGACAAUGUUAGUGCUGCAGUGUACACACCAAAUUCACCAGAGGAAUUUUUAUCCCUGACAUCUAGUCCAAUGCAUCAAGACAAAAGUGAUGUAGAAGAAAGUAAAGGUCAGUGCCUUCCAGUAAUCGUUAGCGAGGAAGAGUUCGUCAAAAUUAUUCAGCAUCAUGAAACUAAUAAGUAUGCAGCUAGCAAAUGUCUACUAUCAAACGAAGGCUUCUAUAGACUACUUUUAUCUUCCACUUAUCGAGAACUAAGUAUACGUCCGAAUGUGCCUUCUCAUUCGUGUGAACAGUGGACAGUUUCACAUCCAACAGAACCAGAGUCUUUUAAGUAUGGUUUACUUGAAUCGGAACAUCCAUUGGCUCACUAUUAUAUUAAAAGUGCCUAUCUGAUCAACAAAAUCCAUAAACAAACUGAUAAUAUUGAUCAAAUGAUGCAAAACAAUGAUGUCGCAUACUUCAAUGCUAAAUUUCACAGAGAAAUAAGCGCAUCGGCAGCACACAACUUUAAAUCGAACAAUAUACUAAGAACAAUUCGUCAAGCAUUGUUCUGUGGAGUUCGGGCGCUAAUAUUAGAUUGUCAUCAUUUGUCAAGACUAGUUGGCACUGAAGCGAAUAUCUUCAAUGAAUUAAUCGUGGUACCAAUGAACAAAAAUAAAAUACCAACUUGUUUCAGGGAAACAACAUCACAAGACUCUUUUAACUUGAUGAGAUCCAUUUUACACAAAAAUCAUCCAUAUGCAUUAGUGAAGUCUGUCCUACAAGUACUGAAUGAAAAUAUCUUCCUUGUUUCUAAUUCUCCAUUUAUUCUCAUUCUAAAUUUGCACGGCCUAAGUCAAGAACAACAAUGUCGACUUGCUAAUCUACUUCAAGAAUAUCUGGGACAGUGGAUGAUGGUAUCGCCUUUGCCAAGAUAUAGUAAUCAUCUGAACAGUAAUCUCGGAAACAAGUUGAAAAAUAAAGGCGGGUCUACUGGUCAAAGGUCAAUUUACACACGUCAUCUCCCUUCACCAGAAAUGUUAAAGAACAAAGUACUAUUAAGUAUUCGUUUGGUCAGAACCAGUAAAUCAUUAUCAGAGGAUCAAUCUCAGGAACUAAUAUCAAAUACAUCACGGAAUAUCUCUCCGACCAAGAAGUUUAUGAUGAAUCCUGAAAUAACCGCACCACUUACAGUAUUCGUCACGAAUCCUGAAGGUGAACAAAAAUCAGCAAGUCAAGAUAUCGGUUCUACAAACAGUAGUAGUCAGAUAAGUCCUCCAACUACUCACAAAUUGAAUUCACCGAAAUUACCUAACAAAACUCCAUCUCCAAUAACUUCACCUUACAUGGAACAUCGUAAUCCAAACUGUUCUGCUUCCCCAAGUUACAACAUGUAUACAAACACAGUUACAGACCGGAAUGCUACAUUUCCUAGUCAAGAUGAAAUUACGUAUCUACACCCGCGCUUAGCUAGACUGGCUGUAUUACUAACCCCAGAGUUUCCUUCUGAUACAUGUAUAGCACUUCACAAUCAAUACUCACUCAAUAAAACUAAAUUAAACACUGAGAAAGGUGACAGUAAUUACUGUUCACAGUCUCACAUAUUUCAUAAGUCAGGGCUUAAAGGUAAAUCAGACGAAUCCAAAGUAGAGUUAAUCCAUCACGAAAAUUCUCAUAUUAGAAAUCCUGAAACAAUUCAAGAAGCUGGUCAGCAAGUAGAAAAACAAAUAGACGAAGCUGAACUGCUUACUUCAAUAUUCAACAUAAUCACUACAAGAAAAGCGCUAUUAAAACAUGAAGAACGAAAAAGAAAAUUACUUAAACAUCUAGUCAGUGAAGUUUAUGGAGAUGCAACCGAACAAAGGUCAGCUGUUUCACGUAGUAUUGCUUCUUCCUGCAACAUUAAAUGUGCAUAUACAUCGGUUAAACGACAAGAACAGAACAAUCUACCGGAAAAAGUCGUCUCAAAACCACAUAAGGGUUGGUUUAAGAAACGUGUGUGCACUUCACCACCGAAAAAGUCGGAACAAAACGCGGAACAUAAGGAUACCUUUCUAACAGCAACUGUUAGAUAUGCCCGACGUCUGUCGAAUGCAUCAAUACAGAACAGAAAACCGACAGAUAUUCAAGAAAACGACGAGCAAGAACCACACUUUCUAGAUAACAAUUUGAUCAAAAGAGGAUCGCUGCUAAUUGGAAAAGAAUCUGACAAAAAUGUAAAACAGUCCAAAUUAAAACAGCGUAAACAAACUCAAGACUUACAAAGUAGCCAUAAAUCUAGAAGACAAUCACGUAAAUCCUCAGAUAACAGUUAUCGGAAACGAAGUCCCAAUUCCAGUUGUGGUCACUGUUCAUGUAGUAGUGGGAGUCGUAGUGAGAAAAGUUCCCCCGUACAUGAAAUAUCACAAAAACAAGUUGGACAGAGUAAACUUGGCUAUUUUCGCGACGGCCUACAAAAAUUCAGGAAUAAAUUUGCCAAUGAAAAACGGAAGUCAUUUGAAAAGUAUUCUACACCAACUAAUCUAACUAACACCGGAAGGUCAAUAAUUUCAUGGAGUGAAAGUGAACCAAGUUUAAAGUCAGAUGACUCGGGAUCAACAAAUACUGUUUCAACGGUUUCCUCAACAACUGAAGAAACUUCGUUAUCAUCAAAUACUAAGUCCAGUCGAAGUACACAUAGUAGUGCUGACAGCUUCAAUAGUUCUUCAGAUAACAAAUUAAACCAGCAAAAUGUUGAUUCACCAGUAAAAGGUGUACUUGCUAAAAGCUUUCAAGCAAGUCUAUCAAAUGUCCGUCAUUCUAUUACAUCAUUGACUAAUGCACUAUUUCAUCAAGACAAAAGCCAUAAACGCAGUGUUUUGAAAAGACAAUCUACCAUUGAUAGUUAUGAAAGCUGUCCCCAUUCACCUACGGAUUAUUGGUUAGAUUCGUUAAGAUGGUUUAUUGGACCAAAAUUAACAAACGUUUCUUCUGCUGACUUAAUGUACUUGCUAUCUAAAAAGCAAAUGACAAAAUCACUGGCAAGGUACAACAAAGAACGUCUUACUUGUGUCUUUCUAAGUGACAAAGAAAAAUCAUGGGAUCACUAUCAACUAUUUCGUUCCGCUGGAUGCCAGUUAAUCCCUUACGACCUCGAUGUUUCCCCAUUUAUAUACGACAUUAAUAAACCAGUUAGUGUACGUCAACAGUUUAUGAAAUUCAGUCAGACUUGCAGCCUACAGAACAAUAGAGGUUUGUUGGAAGACGGAUAUACUCUGAAACCUGCUUUGCUGAGGAUACCAACCAUAAAUCGUUACCAUCGCCAACUUAUUUCAAGAAAUAAAUUCCUAAAACGUUUUCAAAAAUCUAAGCCCAAUUCACCUGAUGUGAGAAAUCAGAUUCAAAACUAUUUAAAAUGCGCUUGCUGCUAUGACCCACUAGAUAUUGGGUCAGAACGAGAAAUGAUCGGUAAAAUAUCGGACGGAACAAUAAAUUUCGAAUGGCCAGUUAUUUCAGAUGAUGAAAAACAUGCUUAUUUACCAUGGAACUUCACUGUACAGUUGCUUAAUUUUAUGAGAGUUAGUCAAAGAUUAUCAGAAAGCAGUUCUUCACCAACAUCUAGUCACGAUAAGCAAAAUGUACAAACACCUCGAAAAUUACCAAAGCGCUACCGGCGUGCAGCUAAUGCAACAGCUACACGCCAAAGGCAUGCGAGUGCGGGACGAAUGCCUUUAUCAGGAAUUACUACAAAUUCGGAAAACGACCAGUCCACAAAAGAUAAUUUUUAUUUACUAACUCCAACCAAACAUAAGAGCCAAGAAAACAUUCAUCUGAAGAAUGCAUAUGGUGAUUUCCAAGAAAAUCGUGAAGGCAUAAUUAUUGACGCGGAAAUAAAAGCACCAUUGUUCAAGUUUUCACAUCUUUCUACGGAUGUAACAAGUCGUUUUUGGAAAGUUCCUAUGGAACAUGAUGCAAUACGGUAUCGCCUUUAUCCAAACAAUUCUUUUGUUACAAAAACUGACACUAAUCAUAACCAGUACAGCCUAGGAAACUCGAAAAUUCUAUCAAGAUCUUCAUACGCACUACUAUCUCCAUUGAAUGAUAAGGAGAGGAUAUAUAUGUGCUCUAGUUUUAGUUCAAUGCCACGAAGUAAUUCCGAAUUAAUGCUUGACUCAAUGUCCACGCGUAAAGUCACGUUCUCUCGUAUUCAUUUACCCGAAUCUAUCUCUAUUCAACUAAGCGAGAAAAUGUGCAGGAAAAUGUAUGACGAUGAGAGUAAUUCUGUCAAAAAUAUUGAUGAAAACACAAUUGCUUCAUGCACGAUAUGUGCAAAUAGUCCAUUGAAUAAAACACUCACAGGCUUUCAACACUUUCAGCUUCAGUUACUUCAUCACCCCAAGAAAAUGAUUCAGAAGAAAACAGACGAUAUUAUAGGAUUCAAUCAUAUGGUGUUUCAUCAGCGUUUGAAAGCUACUAUUGGUCUGUUGAUAUUUUGUAAGGUAAGUAUGAAUACUUAUGUACCAAACUCACUGGGUGAUUUAAUUGAAACCUUGAGCAAAGAAUAUGAUACUCGGUCAAAAAGUAAACCGUGCAAACAAAUGGACCAAAAUCAACAAUGCAACGUAAACCGUUCAAGAAGCUAUGUACAGCUAGACAGACAACACAGUAUUCGAGAGAAUUCCAUCAUGAAACAACCGGUAAUGCGUUCAAAUUCUUUUACCUACAAACAACACCAUAGAAGUGUUGUUUAAGGAAGCAUUUGUUAGCGAUUAUUUUAUUACUACUAGUAAUAAUAGCAAAAUACAUGUCACUGCCACUACCACUACUAGAAGUGCUCUCGCUCCAACUUUUAUUGGUUUUGCCGAUAGUAGCACCAAUAACGAAUAUUUACGCUACAAACUGCUAUCUAUCCUACAGGAACCUUUCCAAAAGUAACUGCUGAAUGGUAAUAACUUUAUUCACGUUAUCCAUGAGCUACUGAUUUGUACAAAUCACAAAAAGAUUUUCAUUUGUCUUCUUAUUACCUAAUUUAAUACUUCGCUUUUUGAUGUGAAACUGAACUUUUUCUUUCUUGUGAAAGAUAUAACUGAUUUCACAAUCUUUCCAAUCUAAUUGUUGAUUAACUGACGAUAACCAUACGCCAAACAAUCACAUUUUAAAAAGAUUUACUAAUGUACAUAUUCUAAAAGUAACAAUUAUUCUCUUAUACUUUGAAUAUAGUUAUUUAGUUAA